AUGGAGCAUUCAACAUCUAUAGUUAGCAAUUUAUUAGACGAACAAUCCCCUGUUAAUGUAGAUGGAUUAAUUGAUACUUUGUUAGCAAUUGUUCAUGACUGUAAUUUUCCUGUCCUUCGUAGAAGUAAGCAGAUUGAUAACUUUCUAAAUAAGUAUGAACAUGCUUCAAAAGAGCUUGCUCAAGCUCGUGUAAAUCAUAGUGAUUUUGAUCUUAUUAAAGUGAUUGGAAGAGGAGCAUUUGGUGAAGUUCAACUUGUGAGGCAUUCUAAAACAAGGAAAGUUUAUGCAUUGAAAUGCUUAGAUAAAAAUGAGAUGUUACGGAGAGCAGAUAGUGCCUUUUUUUGGGAGGAACGACAUAUAAUGGCUCAUUGUAAAAGUGAUUGGAUUGUUAGAUUACAUUAUGCAUUUCAAGAUGCAAAGCAUUUAUAUAUGGCUAUGGAAUUUAUGCCUGGUGGUGAUUUAGUUAGUUUGAUGCAAAAUUUUGAAAUUAGUGAAAAAUGGGCAAGAUUUUAUCUUGCUGAAGUUUGUUUAGCAUUAAAUGCUAUUCAUGAAAUGGGAUAUAUACACAGAGAUGUGAAACCUGAUAAUAUGUUAAUAUCUGCUACAGGGCAUAUCAAAUUAGCAGACUUUGGAACAUGUGUAAAGAUGAGACCAGAUGGAACGGUACGAAGUUCAACUGCUGUUGGAACACCUGACUACAUUUCACCGGAAAUUCUUAGUAGUAAUGGUAAUGAAACAGAGUAUGGUAGAGAAGUUGAUUUUUGGUCUGUAGGAGUUUUCUUCUAUGAACUUCUUAUUGGUGAGACACCGUUCUAUGCUGAUGCACUUGUUCAAACUUAUGCAAGAAUUUUAAAUUAUAAAACUGAAUUGAAAUUUCCUCCAGAUGUAUUUGUGACAGAUAAAGCUAAAGAUUUAAUAAGAAAAUUUUUAACAGAUUCACAAAAUAGACUGGGGAAAAAUGGUAUUGAAGAAAUAAGAAGUCAUUCAUUUUUCCAAAAUGAUGAAUGGACAUUUGAUACAAUAUGUUCUACAAUAGCUCCACAUGUUCCUGUAUUAAAAAGUGACAUUGAUACAAGUAAUUUUGAUGACGUUGAAGAAAAAACGGGAAAUCCUGCGGAUAAUUUCCAGUCGACAAAACUUUUUACUGGUAAUCAACUUCCUUUUGUUGGAUUUACUUAUAGUAAUGAUUUGGGACCUAUAAGAAAAUUAAAGAUCUCUGAUAACAUCGAUGAAAAUGUAAACAGUGCAUCUGCAGAUCAAAAUAUGAUUUCUUAUAUAGAUACAUUAAAGGAAAAUAUAUCGCAAUUGGAAGGUGAUAAACAAUCAUUAGAAAAACAGUUAACAGAAACUAAAUUUGAAGUCAAAGAACAACAGAGAAAAUUAGAUUUAGAAAAAGAAGUUGUCACACAGAAAGAAGGAGAGCUUAGGCGUUUAGAAAAACAACUCCAAAAUGUUACUUCAAUGGAUGAUACAAUACGUGAUUUACAAUCAAAGUUAAAUAAUGAAAUGAAAAGAAACAACGAAAUUACUGAAGAGGAAGGAAAAUUGAGGAAACAAAUCAGUGAACUCAAAUCUGAAAUACAAACCCAUUCUGGAACGAUUGAGAAGUUAAAUGAAAAAUUGUCUUCAUCAAGAGACAAAGAAUCAUCAAUUCAAGGAGAAUUAAUUGAGGUCAAAAAAGAGAUAGCUGUUGAAAAGGAAAAUUCUCGUCGUUAUCAAAACAAAAUUCAUGAUUUAGAAAUGCAAUUUAUUCAAACUAAAAAUGAAUUGCAAGAAACUGUGACUCGUGAAGCUGCUUUAAUUAAACAGUUGUCUGACUUAAAGAAAGACAAAGUGUUAAGUGUUAAAAAUGACAAUGAUAAUAAUGAUAUUGAAAGAUUAAAAGGUGAUCUUGAUGCAGCAAAAAGAAAUAUUGAUAUUUUGAAAAAAGAUAUUAUUUAUGAACAGGAGAGAAAACGUAAAGCUGAAAAUGAAUUAUCUGAUAUUGCCAAUGAAUUGGCUAGAAGAACAGCUGAUGAAGAAUAUAAUAAACUUGAGUAUGAGAAAGUAAAAAUAGAAAAAGAUCGUUUAGAAACUAAUUUGUUACUUUUAUCAAAUGAAAAAAAGAGUCUUGAGUAUAGAGUUAAUGAAUUAAUGGAGCAAUUAGAAAUGGAACAACAAUUUGUAACAGCAUUUAAAAAUGAAAUACAUACUGCAAGACAUGAUUUAUCAGAUAAACAACGUAAAUUAGAAGUUUAUUCUGGUCUUGAAGUUGAAUUCAAUAAUAUUAAAAGUCAAUUAGAGGUUGAACAAUUGAAUCGUCGUAUUGCUGAAGAACAAUUAGCUCAAUUAGAAAAAGAAAAAACAAUGGUUAAUCUUGAAUUGAGACAAACAAUGCAACGUUUUGAUAAAGAAAGAGAGAGUAAAGAAAAGAUUAUGAAUUUAAUGUCACAAAAGGAGAAUGAUUAUUCAAUGGAAAUACAAAAAUUGAAGGAUGAAAUGAGUAAAAUUCAACAUUCAAAUAAUCAUCGUAGACAAGGAUCAACUGGUAGUGGAUAUGAUAGUUAUGGUAGAUCAGAUUCAAGAUUAUUAAAUCUUAGUAGAACUGGUGAAGAUUUAGAAUCAUUGUCAAAGGAACAACUUAUUAAUAAAUUGAAAAAAGAAACACUUAUGAAAGAAGCUACUAUUAAAAAACUUGAAGAAAUUUCUAAAUCACAUCCUAGUAUUUUACCACCAACUGGUAAGAAGGAUAAGAAAAAUUAUCCUAAAAACAAUGCAUUAGAAAUGGAAAAUAUAAGACUUAAGGAAAGACUUGAAUUUUUACAAUGUGAACAUUCUAAAGAAAUUGAAUUAUUAAAAUCUGACUUAUCCAGUGAACAAGCACAUGCUUAUGAAUUACAAAUUGAAUUAGAUCAAUGUAAAGGAGUAUUAGAAGAGUUACAUAGAACUCGUGAAAUGGAUGAUCAAUCUGUUGCAAGUCAUGAUUCUGGUGGUGGUAUGCAAAUUGAAUAUCCAUUUUUCUCUAUACAUGACAUCAAUUAUACUGCUUUUGUUUCUAUAAGAGGAAGAUUUAUUGGAAAAAGAAGAGUUAAUUGGGUUAAAUUAAGAGCUCAAUUAACUUCAGAACAUUUACAAUUUUUCCUUAUUGACAAAUCAAAAACAUCAACAACUUCUGCUUUAUCUUUAGAUAUUACAAAUAUUUGCCAUCUUCGUAGAUGUUGUACAUCUGCUGAUGUUAAAGAUGAUGAAGUUAAAUAUCUUCCAAUGAUAUUCCAAAUCUUUUUCUAUGCUGUUGAAGAUAAGAAAACAACAAAAAGUAAAGAUUCUUCUUUAUAUAAAAAUCAUGAAUUUGUUGAACUUGCCUUUAAAACUAAUAUACCAUGUGAUAAAUGUGCAAGAUCUUUACAUGGUCUUCCUAAAGGAGAUGUUGCUAUUCAAUGUAAAAAGUGUAUGGCUAAAUAUCAUUCACAUCAUCGUACACAAAAUGAAAUACCACCUUGUAAGGUUUCAUCAAAUGCUGAACAAUUAUUAAUAUUAAGUGAAUCUGCUAAAGCAGCUGAUGAAUUUACACAAAUUUUAAAUAAAAUAAUUCAAUAUUAUAAAAAUGAAUCAAAAGAAUCCAAUUCAUCACAUGGUCGGCUUUCUGGUAUCAUUAGGUUUAAUAAUUCAAGAAAUAAUGGUAUAAAUGGUUCACGAAGUUUUUCUAGAGUGUCACAUAAUGAGACAACAACUUCUUUUGGUUCUACACACUCAUUUCCUUCUCAUCCAGAUCAUUAUUGUAAUUAA